AUGGCCAUCCUCAAAUGCGAACGACCAAACUGCGGGGAAACCCAAGGCCUCCAUCAAGGCCGUCCAAUCGUGCGCGACGCCCAAGGACGCAUCACCCGCGAAAACGGGUGGACAUUCGACCCCACCACCGGCCGCUGCACCGCCGACGACUCGGACUACAGCGGACGCUCCCAACCCUACUUCCGGACGUGCUUCGGGUGUUUCACGAAGAGUAUGUGGGUGUACUCGUCCGAACCCCCGCCACUCCCCCCACCCACGUACGCCGGGCCCUCGCACGAAGAACGAGCUCUUGCUGGAGAGGACGAUGAGGAGGAAUACGUGUGGUCCAAGGAAAAGCCUGCUCUGUCCUCUGUGGGUGUGGUGGACGAGACCCAGAAACGGGAGAAUGUCGCAGUCCGUACACCCCUCCUCGACACAUCGACCCUCCUCCCGAGAAGAAGUGCUCCUGUGGACCAAGCUACGGAACUAUCAACCGUCGCUGUCGCAUCGACAGCAACCGUUUUGGCUCACAGUGUGGAUGCGCAGUGUUGGGAGUCGGAUGCUCCGAAGAGUGCGGGUGUGCGGGGGACUGUGCCAACGGACCUCGUCAAGGGGGAAAAUAGACAUUACUCUUGCUAA